AUGCAGGCAGUUGUUUUCAAAGGUCCCCUGGAGGUGGCGAUUGAGCAGCGACCUCGCCCAUCAAUCCAAAAUCCCACAGACGUGAUCUUGAAGGUCAGAUACACAGCACUCUGCGGCAGUGAGCUUCAUGUCUUUCGCGGUCAUCAGCCAUCUAAAGCAGGGUUCAUCAUGGGACAUGAGUUCACAGGGGCAGUCACAGAGACUGGCUCCGAAGUCGUCAAAUUUAAACCAGGGGACUUGGUUGUCUCUCCUUUCACCGUGAGCUGCGGUGCAUGUUUUUAUUGCGAAAGAGGGUUCUCAUCGCGAUGUGCCAGAGGUCAGCUAUACGGCUCCGCGAUUCUAGACGGCGGCCAGGCAGAAUACGUCCGAGUACCACUGGCAGACUCGACACUUUUCCACGCACCUUCGCAGAUCAAAGAGAGCAAGUUGGUGCUAAUGGCAGACAUCUUCCCGACAGGCUACUUUGCCGCAUCUAAUGGCUUCCACGCAUUGACUUCCGAGGAGAUCCGGCAGAGCACAGUACUCCUUUUUGGCUGCGGGCCAGUGGGCAUCUGUGCCCUGGUCAGUGCACUAGAGUACCAGCCAAAACAUUUGAUUGCCAUUGACAGUGUGGCGUCUCGUUUGGCCCUGGCAGAAAGUCUAGGGGCAGAGGCGUGGAAUUUUGAAACGAACGAACAAGGCCUCCGGGAGAGAGUCAGAGAGCUCACUGAUGGGCGCGGUGCUGAUGUUGUCAUUGAAGUUGUGGGACAUAGCAGCGCUUUGAGGAUGGGAUUCGAGAUGCUGCGCCCCUGGGGACAUCUUUCCAGCGUUGGUGUCCACAAUCAAGAGAUCCCAUGGACCGGGAACGAGGCGUUCAUGUCUAAUGACAUCCGUCCCCUUUCUCAAGCUGUCCAAGCAUUUGAUGAUUUUAACACGAUGAAGAGCCAGAAAAUUAUAUUCGAGGCGGAUAAGUAG